AAUCUUCGUCACCCUCAACCUCUUUCCGCCAAAUUUAGCAGAGGGGAGGAGGUGGACGCGAAUUGACGGGAACGCCCUCGCGAUUUCGAUCGGCGGCCCAGGCGGCCCCUAUCUCUCUCCAUCUCGCUAUCCCAUCGUCCAUCCUUGCCGAUUAUCCGGUUCGCCGAUUGAGCGGCGUGUUUCUAGGGUUUGAACUCCCCCGUCUCUCUUGUGGAAUUCGCGGUGUCGAGUUCCGGGACGGAUAAUCUCAUCGCAUCGUCUUGUUGGUUCCGCACUUCCCAUUCCUUCGCUCAUUUCGCUGGAAUUAGGGUUUUCUUGGACGUUGAUGUGGUGGUUGCUGUUUGGAGUGCUUUUUUGAUCGAAUUCGAGCGCACUGAUCUAUGUUGUGGUUUCUGUAGGCAUUUUCUUGCUUCACUUGUGGCUUUCUGAGUGGGUUUUGGGGGUGUUGCCGUGGUGUUUGAGUAACCGACAGGGUUUUAGGGAUGGUUGCAUAUGGGGCAUUGCCUGGACAGAAGGAUAAGGUUUCUUCUGGGAAUGAAUCCGGGUGGAAUGGCGGUUUUCCUGUGGAUUCUUUCAUCAAUUCUUUUAAUGUGAUGAAAGAAGCGCUCGUUCCCCUUGAAUCGGGAUUCCGGCAGACUGUCAAGGGCCUGGAAUCUCAAUUCUUGGGUGCCAAAAGCAUUUCUAGCGAGUCGGAUUCGGAAUUGUUUGCUCAGUUGAGCGCUGCGACUCACAGGACUGAUUGCGGGAUUGGUAGUUGUCAUACUGGAGCUCCAGAUGCUGCCGUUGGUGAGAAGAUUAGGAGGAAUUCAAUUAAAGUUCCUAUCAAGGGAUUCGGUGGACUGGUUUUCCGAAAGUCUGGAGGUGAAUGUAAAUCCGAUUUCUCGAAGAAGAAAUUGAAGGAUGAGGAUGGUAGUUCGUCUAUUGCUCGCAAAGAUGAUGGGUCAUGUGCGAACUGCUUGCAGUUUGCAAUGCUAUGGUCCCUUUUGUUCAACAAUUUCGUUCAGGCUAUUCCCGGCCAUUUCAAGAGUGUAAAAAAGUGCUUCCGGAAGCAGGGUAGCCAAAAUGAUAAGGAAAGAAGCUCUAGUCUUGGUCGAUCGGAUACAACAGAUGUAAACCAAAAGGGUGAUUUCCCCUUGCCUUGUGUUGGGCCGUCCACACGCGGAAGUUCUUGCCGAAAGGAGAACAUCCAGAUGAAUGAUAAGAAGGAUCCUACUGUGAAAGAUGGCGAGAGAGCCCCUGUUCAGAUCCUUAUUGCGUUUGUUUUCGAGCAGUUCUCCCAAAACCUUCACAAUGUUGACCAGAGUUUUAGAGAAAACGCUUGUAAAAACCAUGACCCAAAAAGUUAUGUUGCGGAUCCUAAGCGUCCCAGCCAAGGUGAACUAUCAUCUCCGCAGUUUCAUCUAGAGAUUGUGACUGAUAUCUUGAAGAACAGAAAAGCAGACGUCGGUUCGCUCUUGGCAAACCUGAGGUUUGCAAGAAUGGGAGGGUUGCCAACAGUUGUCGAAGAAGCUCCGGCCAAAGAAGAUUCACCAGAUAAUGUCGUGAGCACCAGUGAGAGUGACACCAAUUCCCCGCAGAAGAUUGCAGCUGGAUUGCUCAACAUUCCAUUGUCCAACGUCGAGAAGUUGCGGUCCACAAUCUCCACCAAGUCCUUGACGGAAUUGCUCGAUCUUGUAAUCCAGAUAAGGAAGUCCUCACAUGACCAUCCUGAUAAAAAGAAACUCUUUUCUGUCCAGGAUUUCUUCAGAUACACGCAGUCUGAAGGGAGGCGUCUGUUUGAUGAGUUGGAUAGAGAUGGUGAUGGCCAGGUAACACUUGAAGAUCUUGAAAUUGCGAUGCGGAAGAGAAGAUUACCUCGUAGAUAUGCCCAUGACUUUCUCCGGCGAACAAGGAGCCACUUAUUUGCUAAGUCUUUCGGGUGGAGCCAAUUCUUAUCCUUAAUGGAGCAAAAAGAGCCAACUAUUCUUCGUGCUUAUACAACUUUAUGUUUGAGCAAAUCAGGAACCUUGCAGAAAAGUCAAAUUUUGGAAUCAUUAAAAAAUGCAGGGCUUCCAGCUAAUGAAGAUAAUGCUGUAGCUAUGAUGCGUUUUCUAAAUGCUGAUGCAGAAGAAUCCAUUUCGUAUGGCCACUUCAGAAAUUUUAUGCUUUUGCUUCCAUCGGAGAGACUUGAAGAUGAUCCAAGGAAUAUAUGGUUUGAAGCAGCUACGCUUGUUGCUGUUCCUCCACCUGUUGAAAUACCUGCUGGAAGUGUUCUUAAAUCUGCAUUGGCAGGUGGCCUUGCCUGUGCACUUUCUACAUCUCUCUUGCAUCCAAUUGAUUCAAUGAAGACUCGAGUACAAGCAUCUACUCUAUCAUUUCCAGAACUUGUAAGGAAACUUCCAGAGAUUGGAUUGCGAGGACUAUACAGGGGUUCCAUACCUGCUAUUCUUGGACAAUUUUCCAGCCAUGGAUUGCGUACUGGAAUCUUUGAAGCUAGCAAACUUUUAUUAACGAAUGUUGCUCCAACAGUUCCUGAAAUUCAGAUCCAGUCACUUGCCUCUUUCUGCAGCACCAUUCUUGGAACAGCUGUCCGAAUCCCUUGUGAAGUGCUGAAGCAGAGGUUACAGGCUGGCAUUUUUGACAAUGUGGGAGAUGCAUUAAUUGGCACCUUGCAGCAGGAUGGUUUGAAAGGUUUCUUCCGUGGAACUGGGGCUACACUAUGUAGGGAGGUUCCGUUCUAUGUUGCUGGCAUGGGAUUGUAUGCGGAAGCAAAAAAGGCGACUCAGCAGAUCCUCAGGCGUGAACUUGAACCUUGGGAGACAAUUGUGGUUGGUGCCCUAUCUGGUGGUCUUGCUGCUGUUGUCACCACUCCGUUUGAUGUUAUGAAGACAAGAACGAUGACUGCUCCACAAGGUGUUCCAGUAACAAUGACAACAAUAGCUUUCUCAAUCCUGCGCAAUGAGGGCCCUCUGGGUCUGUUCAAGGGAGCAGUUCCAAGGUUUUUCUGGAUUGCACCUCUUGGAGCUAUGAAUUUUGCUGGCUACGAGUUGGCAAAGAAAGCAAUGAUUAAAAAAGAUAAUUCGACUGAAGAAACUACCAAAGAACAGUUGCUGAUAAAGGCGAGAUAAAUAUGCCGAUGCAAGAAUACCAUCGUGCUGCCAGUCAAAUUUUUUUAUGGAUAUGUUCUGGCGGCCUGUAUCUGCAUUCUAUGAGUGUACAUUGCGGUCUAUGGCACAUAGAUGUGCUGUAUCUGCAUUCUAUGAGUGUACAUUGCGGUCUAUGGCACAUAGAUAUGCUGUUAACAGCUUGCAUAUAAACGAUCUAAAGAUGUCUGUAAAUUGUCUCUAUCAAUAUGUUCUUAGGCAAGCUUGAUCAGCAGUGCCUCCUUUACCUAUAGCACACGGGUGGCAUCUGCAGGUCAUUAUCAUGUAUAUACAGGAAGAUGAGCUGCGAAAUUGUGUUUUUUCAUCGGAAAAUGUUAAUGUUCAUUCCAAGUCCUUCAUUUUUUUA